UCUGUACUUGGCAAGGAGAAAGUUGCAAGAGCGGGAACCCUUGAGGAGUGGCUACUAUUGAGUAUCCACCGCUUUCCGACGCACCCACCGCUUUCUUUAUACAGAUAAGACUCAGUCCUCCCGACGGUUGCUCAGCAACAGCAGGUGGCUCUAAACAUUCAGUACUUCCAUGCCCGUGACAUACCAACUUCUUCAAAGCUUCAACUUUCUCCAUGCUCCAAUUCGGCAUCCUCCUCUACUAACCAAGCAGAUACCACCGCGCUGGGCAACUCGUCAAUGAGCUAGGGCUCUCCUUACCCAGUCCUCUCUACCUUUCUUCUUACCGACCACCUACAUCCUACACAUCAGCGCUCGACUUCCCCAGCAGUCACAAUGGCCAUCGCAUUGGCGGAGGCAGACAAGUAUGAAGUACUCGAGAAGAUUGGCUGCGGCUCCUUUGGCAUCAUUCGCAAAGUGAAGCGGAAAAACGACGGCUUCAUACUAUGUCGCAAAGAGAUUAAUUACAUCAAAAUGUCCCAGAAGGAGAGGGAACAAUUGACCGCCGAAUUCAACAUUUUGAGCUCCCUUCGACACCCGAACAUCGUCGCCUAUUACCACCGAGAGCACCUUAAAGCGAGUCAGGACUUGUAUUUAUACAUGGAGUACUGCGGCGGGGGAGACCUAAGCAUGGUCAUCAAAAAUCUAAAGCGAACGAACAAAUACGCGGAGGAGGAUUUUGUUUGGCGCAUUCUCUCGCAGCUUGUGACCGCCCUAUAUCGCUGCCAUUAUGGUACGGAUCCAGCAGAAGUGGGUUCGAACUUGCUGGGCCCUGCGCCCAAGCCUUCUGGCCUCAAAGGAAAGCAGGCCCCAAUGACUAUUCUGCAUCGCGAUUUGAAACCGGAAAACAUCUUUCUUGGCACAGACAACACCGUCAAGCUGGGUGAUUUUGGUUUGUCGAAACUUAUGAAUUCCCACGACUUCGCCUCCACAUACGUUGGAACGCCCUUUUACAUGUCUCCAGAGAUAUGUGCGGCUGAAAAGUAUACGUUACGUUCCGAUAUUUGGGCAGUUGGCUGCAUCAUGUACGAGCUCUGUCAACGAGAGCCGCCUUUCAACGCUCGGACACAUAUUCAGCUCGUCCAAAAGAUCCGCGAAGGAAAAUUUGCUCCGCUUCCCGACUUCUACUCAUCGGAACUGAAGAAUGUGAUUGCCAGCUGCCUGCGUGUCAAUCCCGACCACCGCCCGGACACUGCUUCUCUAAUCAACUCCCCUGUCAUCCGGAUAAUGCGGAAGGAGGUGGAACUUGGAAACCUCUCGAAGUCCAUCCGAAAGCGAGAGGAAGCCACCAUGCAGAAGGUGAAGGAAGUGGAACUAGCUUUCACUAAACUGGAAAAGGAGAAGCAGCAAAUCCGGACUGAUAUCGAGAAUACUGUUCGGCGAGAGUGGGAAGUGAAAGCAAGGCUGGAGAUCGAUCGCCAAGUUCAAAGCGAGCUCGACAAGCUCCGGAAAAGGUUUGAAUGCGAGGUUCAGGAGCGAGUCUCCGUUGAGGUCGAGAAGCAAAGGCGAAGUGCGCACUUCCGUGAAGAUGCCAGCCUCCAUUCUAGCGGACACGGUUCGCAAACUUCUUCCAGCAACAGCGAGGACACAGACUAUCCGUCGAGCACGGACAUCAGCCAGCUGUCACUUGAGUCGCCUUCGAGUAGGGGAACCCGGCCGCCGAAGAAGGAGACACGCACUCCGUUCAGUCGUUCCAAGACCGUGGUUGACUCCCCUAUGGAUAUACAAAUGGCAGAGCCAUCCCCAAUGUCCAUAGCCUCCCUUUCCUUGUCGCCCCGUCGCACAUCAACAACUUAUUCAGGCAAGAAUAUCUUUGCCGAAGGUGAAAGGCAGCGACCGAAAUGGGAGCCCUCUAUGGCAUACUCGGAUGAUGAGGAUGACACACCAGAACUUCCUUCGCCCACUCGCCCAAAGGUUAGGCCUGAUCCUUUCAAGGCUCCUUCUCGUCCUUUGCUCCGGCAGAACACGGCUGCAUUAAUGCAAAAACUAAGCACCCAGCCACCCAUCUUCCCGGCCAACUCUUCUAGGCUUCCCCAGAUUUCGGGAUCCGGUCAACCUGAUAGCCAUCCCAGGGAAUCAAAAUCAAGGUCCCCUCAUCGGCGUCUAUCUAAGAUCCCAUCCUCGGCCAAUCUUGCUGCUGAUGCAGGAUCGCCGACUCGCAAGAGCGCCGCUAAGUCAGCCUCAUCAAAGUCGAACGGCGGCGGCGGCGAAGAAAUGUUCAAAGCCGUAAUGCAGCGGAACAUGGGGGGGAGAACGCUAGUUGAGCUUGCACAAGCACGUGCUGGUGGUCGUCCCAUCGAUGAAGUCAAGCGCUGUGCCAGUGACACUCGUUCCGCGGCCUGCUCCGUUCCCUUGAAGUCUUCUGACCGUGAUCCACCCGCGGUUUGGGAUCCAGAAAGAGAUGAGAUGCCGAGUCCAUUUUUGGCACGAGGGCGAAAAGUGAUCCGUAAUCUGAGGUAAACAUGGAUUCGUGUUGCUUCUUGUGCGGGAUUCAUUCACUAUACCGUAGUUCAGGAGGAUCCAUAGCCCUGCAAUAACUGCAGCCUCCGGCAAUGCGGCCAUUGCAAUAUUCUCCUUUCGGCGGUUGAUCCGCGAAAGGCAUCUGCAUUACUUCUUGGGCAUUUGAUUGGCCGAUGCUUGACGUUCCAAUCUCGCCCCUUAAUAAUUACAACAUUUCUUGGAGUUAUGGUUGGGUGGUAUACAUUCUGAGAGCGAAGACCAUGCAAGACAUGGAGCAAUGAUGCAUUUCCCUGCGCUACUGCACCUUUGUCAAGAUUCUGACUCACUUACCCUGCGAUACAUUUACCAGACUUUCCUUUGUUUAAUGCAGUGAUGACCCCCUCUUGCCUCUCUGUUGAUUUGCGAAUACUGUACAGCUACCUGCACUUGUCCUUGAGUCUAGAUUAGCCAUUUCGUCGAGGUGGUUGCACAGACUUCCAGAAGACUUGAACCUAGUUGACUGUGCUUCUUUCUCCGAAAGGCUGACAGACGCGUUCACUCUCUUGGAUGGUACAUUCCCCGGCUCUUUUCUUUUCUUGUUUUUUUCCCCUAUAUCUCUUGGUAUCUCAGUGGGUGGCGUUCAUACAAUGGAGCUUGGAUUAACGGAGUUGUUUCACAAGGAAUCGAUGUAUGUUUGUGCAUCUGUACUCUUACAUCCUGAAUUUCAGUUUGGAUAGAUGAUUCCCUCGAGCCGUCAAUACCACCUGUCUUCUAAGUGCAAGUUACUCUAGACCUGAGGGUCCAUACUCGCAUAAAGGCACGUGUACUCCGAAGAGCGUAGUCAAGAAUCAAGAAUGAUACCAAGAGGG